CGGUGACAUUUUGACAGCUGGGAGAAGAUUGCAGUUUUCUUCCCAACAAAAAAAACACAGCAGGGAAGGAUUCCGAAACGAAAGAAGUGACUCGAGAGGCACCGUAAAUUCGGUUUUUCGUCCCGAAAAUGGCAUCUCUGAUCCUGGUCAAUGGGGUGCAGCUGGCAAAACAACAAACCGGGCUGCUCGGUAUCGUGUGCCUGAAGGCGAACUACAGCAGCGAUGCGCCGCGCAAGCUGAAGACGACCAGCCUGGCGGCGAUGAAGCGCGGCACGGGCGGCCGCUCGAGCUUCAACGGCAUCGUCGCGACCGUGUUCGGCAGCACCGGGUUCCUCGGGCGAUACGUGUGCAACAAGCUGGGCAAAAUUGGCAGUCAGGUCAUCAUCCCGUACCGGGCGGAUCACUACGAAGCGAUGCGCCUGAAGCUGGUCGGCGAUCUCGGCCAGGUGCUGUUCCAUCCGUACGAUCUGCGCGACGAGGAAGCGAUCUACAAGGCGGUGAAGUACUCGAACGUCGUCAUCAAUCUGGUCGGGCGCGACUGGGAGACGAAGAACUUCACGUUCAAGGAUGUGCACGUGGACGGGGCCCGUCGGUUGGCCCGGAUUGCGCGCGAAGCCGGCGUGGAGAAGUUUGUGCACGUGUCGAGCCUGAACGCGACGCCGAACCCGCAGCCGUUCUUCACCAAGGAGGGCAGCAAGUUCCUGGCGAGCAAGUACUACGGCGAGCUGGCGGUGCGGGAGGAAUUUCCCGAUGCGAUCGUGUUCCGCCCGUCGGACAUCUACGGGCAGGAGGAUCGGUUCCUGCGCUACUACGCGCACAUCUGGCGCCGGCAGUUCCGCGCGAUGCCGCUGUGGUAUAAGGGCGAGCGCACGAUCAAGCAGCCGGUGUACUGUUCCGAUCUGGCGCAGGGUAUCGUGAACGCGAUCAAGGACUCGGACAGCCAGGGCCAGACAUACCAGGCGGUGGGGCCGCGCCGGUACAAGCUGUCCGCGCUGGUCGACUGGUUCCACCAGGUGAUGCGCAAGGACGAGAAGUGGUGGGGAUACUAUCGGUACGAUCUGCGCUACGAUCCGACCUUCCGCAUGAAGGUGCUGCUGACCGAGCUGGUGUCGCCGUCGUUCCCGAUCGGCGACGUGCACACGGAGCGGGUCGAGCGGGAGUACGUGAGCGAUGAGGUGGAGAAGGGCGUACCGACGCUGGAAGAUUUGGGCGUCAAUCUGACGUACAUGGAGGAUCAGGUUCCUUGGGAACUGAGACCGUACCGUGCCGCCCUGUACUACGACGCCGAGCUGGAUGAGUUCGAAAAGCCAACGCCACCACAGUACAUCCAGUAGUAAGAGAAAAGCCUUUGCUUCAUCUCUCUCCCUCCCUCUCGUCCCGGCGCUGCCCGGAAAAACGAACGAUCCGAGCGCGUUUGUGCUUAGUUGUAGAGCGAGCGAAUUUGUGCGCGAGUUGUGGUGCGAAUUGGAGACCUUCGCCUUACCACAAGUGUAAAAAAAAACGUUUAAAAAACUAAUUCAAAAAUAAAAUAACAACAAAAA